UAUUUAAAUGAAUUUAUUCUCUCUUUCCAGAAAUUUGUCAAUUUAAAACAAAAACAUCGCUUCAAAAAGUUUAAUCUAAAUCCCGUCUAAAAGACUUCAGAGCAAAUAAGAAUCGGAAAAUUCGUGAAAGUUUGGAAACACAUGAAUGGUAUUAACCGAAAGACUCCGAAACGACUGAAACAUAUCGGCGGCCUAGAAAAGAGUGCAUUUCUAUUGCUUACAUCAAUACUGAAAACAAUUAUCUAAACAUAUCGGCGCUCUUUAACUGAGUGGACAUCGCAAUCAAUAGGGAAUAAUGAGUGAAGAGUCGUAUCACAUCCGUCUCGUCACUCUCGGAGGGGUUUCUGUCGGCAAAAGUGCUAUUCUUAGGAGAUUUUUAUUUAACACGUUUAAUGAGAAACACAGGGCUACUGUCGAGGAUCUAUUCACAAAAGAUUUCAAUUUAGGAACAAUGACUCUAAAGGUCGACUUCUUGGACACAGAGGGAGACAUGCAGUUCCCGGCGAUGAGACGGCUGUCGAUCGCCAACGCACAGGCAUUUAUGCUCGUCUAUAGUAUUGACAAGUUGUGUACAUUCGAUAUAAUCAAGACUUGCUUUGAGGAGAUUAAAGAAGUCAGGGCUGACUUCCAGGAUGUGCCCAUUAUUUUCGUGGGCAAUAAGAAUGAUCUGUCGGAUGAAUUCAAAGAAGUGCCCAAAGAAGAUGUCGCCGAAUGGGUCUUCUGUGAACUGCCAAAACUGCGAACAAAAGUUAUGGAGUGUUCGGCCAAAUCAAACACAAACGUUAAGGAGAUAUUCAAGGCUUUCCUUCAAUUGGCUCGCAUUCCUCUGCCUAAUGACGAAGGCCUGCGGCGCCGGUCGUCAGCCCAGGCCCGGGUGCCCAACGGGAAGCCCCGGUUCGCCGGCAACACGAGCUUAACGCCCAAUCACGCGCUCGACGACGAGUCCACGAGUCGACUGAAGCCCCGGAGCAGGAGUUUGAUUAGGAGGUCGAGUAAGAAAGUGAACAAAAUCAAGGAACCGACCUCUGAUGCCGACGACUGUGCCGUUUCCUGAUCUAUUCGCCACCCCAUCCCACACCCCAUCCCACACCACAUCCACACCGGUGUAUAUCUGAGUCGUUAUUUGAGUACAAACUUAUUGAUCA